ACAUUCGGUAUGUACGUGGCCUCUAGUCGCUGAGCAAGUCCCGACAGUCAAGGAGAGACGUCGCGCGCGAUCCAGCCGAUCAGCUUAUACCGUUUAUUGUGAGCGGAAUCUGAAUGCACGGUAAAGAUGCAUCCCGGAACGAGAAGACGUUCGGGAUUUUACUGGUUGACAAUAACGCUGCUUAUCAUCGGAUUUCUCAUCGGCGACGCCGACAGUGUUUGGAAGAGACGGGAGGAUAAGACCAAGUGCCCAAAAGUCAAGGGAAUACGCAACUUUGACAUAUCCGAGUUUCUCGGAUUGUGGUACAUAGUACAGUACUAUGCAAGCUCAGAGGAAGCCCUCGUGUACAGAUGCAUGAGAGCCGAGCUCUCGGUUUCGCCUGAAAACGCUGAAGUUACCAUGAAUUUCACUUACAGCUUUACUGACGAUCCUAUUAACGAGCUGCUCGUUGGUAACAUCACGUGGAAAAUCCCUUCGCCGGACUUACCUGCUCAUUGGAUGCACGCUGAGUUAUCAUACGAAGGAGUGUAUAAUACAUACGUAUUAGAUUCGGAUUAUAAAUCCUGGGCGUUACUAAUGCAUUGUGCUGAAAAGAGUAAAAGCCCAAGAUAUUUAUCUAGCUUCAUCAUGAGCCGUAAAGCGAACCUCGGGGCAAAUGUCAUUUCUUAUCUUCGAGAGAAACUGCCUAGAUAUGACAUUGACUUGGAGUACAUGUUCCCUAUGGACCAAAGGCAGUGCAAUAAGACGGAGAAUUCAGAAGAUAUGCUUAUGCCGACAAUGGCACCAGCUAAAAGAAGCCACAUCACCAGAAGGCAUCCGUUGAAACGAAAACAUAGAGGCCAAUAAAUUUCGCUCAAAUCAAACGUCUCUUCGUUACUUUGGGCUAAUUUUAUUAAUUCAAUUAACAACGUGUUAUAAUAUUCUUCGUCUCUUCCUCUUAUUUAUAAUUACAUAAUUAUAAUGAACAUGUUAUUGUUUUUCUUUAGACCCGUCGUCUCUCUCAAUAUCUUAGCACAAUUCAUCCAAAUUAAUUGAGACACAUGUGCCGCAGCACGUACGGUCAUCAUAAUCACUGUCAUCAUUAAUCAUCAUCGUCAUCAUCAUCGUUAUCAUUAGCAUAACAGUCGUCAGAUUAUCACUCAACGCACCUAGUACUUAAUUACUAGAUAUGGCAGCUACAACUUAUAAGAAAUAUUACAAAAUCACUUGUGAUUCAUGCUUCUCGCGUUUUCGCAAUGUUUUACGCAUACGAACGCUAUCACACCGACGGGCAACCUUUUUUUCUUGUGCGAGCAUUUUCGUUACUCGGCAAAUUCAUAUCUGGCUUUGUAAAAAUCGUUUCUGUCCGAUGUUAUAGUUACCGGUCUUCGCAAACGUGACAUUGCGUGACGAUAUCGUGACCCUCCCCUUCGUUAUAUGCGUUUCUAAAAUAUAAUAAUCGAGCGCUUCUGCCACGACCGAUUCGUGUCAUCCUGCCGUGGUCGCGCGGAAUAGGAAGAACGCAUCGGGGGAGCGAGACACAAGCCUAUAUAAAUUCGCCUAUAUGUUUCGAGAUCGUUGCGACGACCGAGAAAGAGAGAGAGAGAGAGAGAGAGAGAGAGAGAGAGAGAGAGAGAGA